GCAGCCGCGGAGAGAGAGAAGAUUAUAAAUGCCAGAACCAUGAUUAGCUGUUGAAUCCUGACACUUUUUAAAAUACGUUUUUGCACCAACAAUUUCAUUGUGAAGAGUUCAGAAUAAGUAACAGAGGGAAGGAGAGACAACCAGUUCACCAUGGCUAUUCCAAUAACAGUGCUUGACUGUGAUCUCUUGCUGUAUGGCCGAGGUCACCGGACAUUGGACCGCUUUAAGUUGGAUGAUGUGACCGAUGAAUACUUGAUGUCCAUGUAUGGAUUCCCUCGACAGUUCAUUUAUUACUUAGUAGAGCUCUUGGGGGCUAGUCUUUCUAGACCUACUCAGCGAUCCAGGGCUAUUAGCCCAGAGACACAGAUCCUUGCAGCAUUGGGCUUCUACACCUCAGGUUCCUUCCAGACUCGCAUGGGAGAUGCUAUUGGAAUCAGUCAGGCGUCUAUGAGUCGUUGUGUUGCCAAUGUCACAGAAGCACUUGUGGAGAGGGCCUCACAGUUCAUCCACUUUCCAGCUGAUGAAGCCUCCAUGCAGGCUCUGAAGGAUGAAUUCUAUGGGUUGGCAGGGAUGCCAGGGGUCAUAGGAGUUGUUGACUGUAUCCAUGUGGCAAUCAAGGCACCAAAUGCUGAAGACCUCUCCUAUGUGAACCGCAAAGGUCUGCAUUCUUUGAACUGUCUGAUGGUGUGUGACCUCAGGGGGGCGCUAAUGACUGUGGAGACAAAUUGGCCAGGCAGCCUACAGGACUAUGCUGUGCUGCAGCAGUCUUCUCUCUGUAGUCAGUUUGAUGCUGGUGUGCACAAAGAUUGCUGGCUGCUUGGUGACAGUUCCUUUUUUCUCCGCACUUGGCUCAUGACUCCACUUCACAUUCCUGAAACUCCAGCUGAGUAUGGCUAUAAUAUGGCCCAUUCUGCCACUCACAGCGUGAUCGAGAAGACUUUCCGGACCCUCUGCUCCCGCUUCCGCUGCCUGGAUGGGUCCAAGGGAGCAUUGCAGUACUCACCUGAGAAGUCCAGCCACAUCAUCUUGGCUUGUUGUGUACUCCACAACAUCUCCCUGGAGCAUGGGAUGGAUAUUUGGUCUUCCCCAAUGACAGGACCCAUCGAACAGCCCCCUGAGGAAGAGUAUGAGCACAUGGAGUCCCUGGACUUAGAGGCUGACCGGAUCCGCCAGGAGCUGACGCUCACUCAUUUUAGCUAAUACGGAAGAUGGGGAGGAGGGAGACUUUCCAGAAGUUGUGACAAAUUUUCCCCCUCACCACCACCUACACAAUUCCAUCAUCUAGCAUGACUGAGUGUGGGGACACUUGUCAUAAACUGACAUUUAAUCUGUGUUUUAGGAGGGUUGUGCUAUGCCAGAAUGACUUGAUUCAUUUGCAAAUUUAUUAACUAAACCAAAACUAAGACUACAGUUCUCUAC